AUGGUACAGGUGGUGCAUGAUGUAGACUUGCAGAAGCUGCCCGUGAGGUUUGCAAUGGACAGAGCUGGGCUGGUUGGAGCUGAUGGUCCGACACAUUGUGGUGCUUUUGAUGUCACUUACAUGGCAUGCCUCCCAAACAUGGUGGUGAUGGCUCCUUCGGAUGAGGCUGAGCUUUUUAACAUGGUUGCAACCGCUGCUGCCAUAGAUGACAGACCAAGCUGUUUUCGAUACCCAAGAGGAAAUGGGGUUGGUGCAGAGCUGCCACCAGGGAACAAAGGCAUUCCUCUUGAGGUUGGAAAAGGCCGGAUAUUGAUUGAAGGGGAGAGAAUAGCACUUUUGGGCUAUGGAACAGCAGUACAGAGCUGUUUGGCUGCAGCUGCUUUAGUAAAACCCCAUGGAUUGCGGUUAACAGUUGCAGAUGCACGUUUCUGCAAACCGUUGGAUUAUGCUCUUAUUCGCAGCCUGGCAAAAACGCAUGAUGUUUUGAUCACAGUAGAAGAAGGAUCAAUCGGAGGGUUUGGGUCUCAUGUUGCUCAGUUCAUAGCUCUAGAUGGGCUUCUUGAUGGAAAGGUGAAGUGGAGAUCACUGGUUCUUCCUGAUCGGUACAUUGACCAUGGAUCCCCUGCUGACCAACUGGCCCAAGCUGGUCUCACACCAUCUCAUAUUGCAGCAACAGUAUUCAAUAUACUUGGGCAAACAAGAGAGGCUCUGGAGAUCAUGUCAUAG